UUAAAAAUCCUCCCUCUCUCACUUGGAACUGUCCUUCCGUGUUCAUCUCGCGUUUCAGUACGCGUAUUUAGAGGGAAAGAGAAAUCAAAGAAACUAGAAGAGAGAGAAAGGAAGAGCAUUGGACAACACUGUUUUUGGAGAGAGAAACAAGUUCCCUUUUUGAAAUUUGUUAGGUGUGGAUUUGGAUUAAUCAUUAAUUCAGUUUUUUUGGCAGUAUCGUUAAGGAUCGUUGAUUUAGGAACUGGGUUUUUACUUUAUCCGAUCUUGAAGGCGUUUUUGAGCGGAAUUCUGCGAUGAAUUGGUUAUUUCUUCACUGAAUGAGCGAAUUUUGACCGGUAAACGGAGAUGAAGAUGUUGACCUUCGAAAUAAUUUGGUUGUGAUGUAAUAUGGAAGUGUUGUUUGUUCGCACAUAUAUAGAAGAUGUCGCUUUACAUUGGUCGCGGGGCUUCAAAGUUAUGGAAGAGAUUUUGUGCGGAGACUACGACAGAAAUUAAUCUUCUUGCAUUGAACUGGAGGUAUAUUUUAGGGGGUCUCAUCUGUCAGUACAUCCAUGGACUGGCUGCUCGAGGUGUUCAUUAUAUACAUCGGCCAGGACCCAUACUCCAGGAUGCCGGUUUCUUUCUUCUUCCCGAGCUCGGAGAAGACAAAGCUUAUAUAAGUGAAACUGUAUUUACCUGCGUGUUUCUACUUUUUGUCUUGUGGACUUUCCAUCCCUUUGUUUUCAAGAGCAAGAAGAUUUACACAGUUCUGAUAUGGUGCAGGGUCCUGGCAUUCCUAGUUGCUUGUCAAAUUCUUCGGGUAAUAACUUUUUAUUCGACUCAACUCCCUGGUUCAAACUAUCAUUGUCGCGAGGGCUCAAAGCUUGCCAGGCUGCCACGUCCCAAUAGCGUGUUAGAAGUUCUAUUAAUUGUUCCUAGUGGUGUGCUUUAUGGUUGUGGUGAUUUGAUAUUUUCAUCUCACGUGAUUUUCUCUCUAGUCUUUGUGCGGACAUACCAUAAAUAUGGCACCCAGAGGUUUGUAAAGCAGUGUGCUUGGUUAACUGUUGUGAUCCAAAGCUUGUUGAUCAUUGCAUCCCGUAAGCACUACACAGUUGAUGUCGUUGUGGCAUGGUAUACGGUUAACUUGGUGGUGUUCUAUAUCGACAAAAAGUUGCCAGAACUGCCUGAUCGCUCUAGCGGACCUGCAACAAUGUUGCUUCCAUUGAGCAAGGAUGGUAGGACAAAGGAAGAAAAUCAGAGACUCUUGAAUGGAAAUUCCGGAGAUCAGUCUGACAAGAGGCCAAGAAUUCAAAUCAACGGCAAGAUCAUGGAAGAUGGAAAUGCUGAAGCAUUGGUUAAUGGUGUAUAGACAAUGUAAAGGUGACUAUAUUACGACUAUUAAAAUAGCUACCGGGUAUUCCUCACUUGUAAUCUAGAUAAGUCUAGGUUAUGCUUUUAGACGUUUUAUAGUCCUGCCCGGAUGGACUGGAACCUGUCGUCACAUACACCAUAGUGUAUUUUCUCAUCAAUCAUUCUUCAUCUUCGACUCUUCUUCAACUCUCGCUAAUUUUGGAGACCACAUCUAUCAGCAUAUGCUUUCCUGGACAUAGUUAUAGUCUAUAGAGAAGUUAUUGUCCUUGUACAUAAAGCUUUUAGUUACGUUUGUGUUCUGUUCUCUAGAAAUGAGGGAUUUUUUGUUGCUGGAAUUAAUUGGCAUCUGCAUCUUUCAUCACAUGACUUGAGAACAGAGGGUACCACCCCAUAGGUGCUGGACUUUCAAGUGUAGCCUUACUUUAGUAUAGAAUGAAGAAAAAUUGGCACCAGACCUAUCUGCUACAAGAACAUAAUACGCUAAUAUCCCACUUAUAUGGAAUCAAUUCCGAUUUAUGUCGAAAGUGUAAGUACUUCGGAGCAUCUCCAAGUCGUUCUAUGAGUUACUAUUUAGAUGA